AUGGCUGAUAGUGAUGAUGAAUACGAUCGUAAGCGCCGUGAUAAGUUCAGAGGUGAACGAGGCACCGCAGAGGGAAGUAGUUAUCGCGGUAGUGACCGACGAGACGAAAGAAGUCGUGGUCGCGAAGAGUGGUCUGAGAGAGAUUCUUGGGCUGGAAGAUCUCGUGGAGGUCGUUCCGGUCCUGACUACAGGGACUACCGUGGUGGAGCAAGUGCCAGCCGUGGGUAUUCUCCAGUUCGUGGUGAAGGCCCACCUAGUAAGCGUAUACGACCAGACUGGCCAAUAGAUGACAGAAGGUAUGGAGGAAUGCCCCAUGAUUCAUAUGGUUAUGGUUGGCCCCAUGAUCAUUUUGGCCCACAUCCUGCACACCAAGGCUAUGGGCAACCUAUGCCUCCAGUACCAGCAAGGGAUACUGUGUUACCCAUGGGAGCAACUGAUGGACCACCCACAAUGAUGUCGUUCAAGGCAUUUCUGGCUGCUCAAGAUGACUCAAUAACUGUAGAUGAUGCCAUACAAAAAUAUAAUGAAUAUAAGCUUGAAUUCAGAAGACAACAACUGAAUGAGUUUUUCGUUGCUCAUAAAGAUGAAGAAUGGUUCAAGAUUAAAUACCAUCCUGAAGAAUCAGUUAAACGAAAAGAAGAACAACUAGCUGCAUUAAAGAAUCGACUCAAUGUCUUCCUGGAACUGUUGGAGAAUGGGGAACUGGAUAAAGUAUCUGUAGAUGUAGAUAAGUCUGAUAAACUGAUAAGACUUCUUGAUACUGUUGUCAUUAAACUCGAAGGUGGUACAGAAGAAGAUUUGAAAGAGCUUGAUGAACCUCCUCCUCCAGAAAUUGUUUCUAAUGACAAAUCAGAUAAAAAUAAUGUUGAUCAACCAGUUGUCAUAGAUGUUGAUGCGGUCAAGGUUAAAGAAGAGAAAGAUGAAAGUGAGAAAAAGGAGAAGAAGGCGGAGUCUCCAAAGCCUACAGCCCCUCUUGAGAUUGAGAUAGACCCUCAUUUACGUCAACUUCAAGAACAGGCGAAAUUAUUUUCCCGUUUUAACUCUAACGGAACUGAACCAGAACCUGAGCCAGUAGAGAAAGAACCUCCGCCUCCAGGUUCGUCGUCGAGUUCUUCAUCAUCCAGUUCAUCAUCGUCUAGUUCAGAUGAAGAAGGAGAGACCACCACUCGGCGUAAAUCAAAGUCCAAAUCUAAGACGCCCGAUAAAUCACCAAAACAAAAGGAAAAGUCUAAGUCCCCAAUAGUAGAAAAUGUAGUGGACAUUACUGAGAAUGAUAAAGAGAAAGGCGGGGAUAAAAGUGGAGAUGAAAAAGCUGAGUCAGUCAGCGAUGUUGUUAUUGAGAAAAAAGAAUGUCGAGCUUUGCACAAAACAACUUCUAUAUUCCUAAGAAAUUUAGCACCCACUAUCACCAAAGCUGAGGUUGAAGCUAUGUGCAAACGCUACGGAGGUUUCUUACGUGUUGCUCUCGCCGACCCUUUGCCAGAGCGCCGCUGGUUCCGUCGUGGCUGGGUCACAUUCCGUCGAGAUGUCAACAUUAAAGAUAUAUGCUGGAAUCUUAACAACAUUAGACUUCGCGAGUGCGAAUUGGGCGCAAUAGUCAACCGUGAUCUUCAACGUCGUAUUCGUGCAGUUUCGGGUAUUACCCUGGAACGAGCUGUCCUGCGUUCUGACGCCCGGUUAGCGGCUCGUCUCGCUCAUCUGCUCGACACUCGUACUAAACUCUGGAAUGACGGGACCGACGAUCAAACAAAUGAAAAUGAUCAAGGAAACGCUGAGAGCUUUAGUCUGAAUUCAAAAAAUCCAGUCUUACACAAAAUCACUGAGCAUCUAAUUGAAGAAGCGUCGACUGAGGAAGAAGAAUUGCUUGGUCUUGAGGCAUCAUCAGAAUCUUCAUCUACAGAACAAGUGGAUCCAGAAUUAAUGCGGGUUCUAGACCGCUUGGUGCUCUACUUACGCAUAGUUCACUCUGUUGAUUAUUAUAACCAUUGCGAGUAUCCCUAUGAAGAUGAGAUGCCUAACCGUUGUGGUAUUAUGCAUGCCCGAUCAGGGCCACCAGCGAAUAAGCCAACCCAGCAAGAAAUACAAGAUUAUGUAAAAUCUUUUGAAGGUAAAAUGUCUGCAUUUUUGCAAGAUGUUAAACCACUUUCUGACGAAGAGCUGCACAAACUUGGAAUUAAGGACACCGAUGCUGAAGUGGAGAAAUUCGUCUUGGCUAAUACACAGGAACUAGCGAAAGACAAGUGGUUGUGCCCUCUCAGCGGCAAAAAGUUUAAGGGACCUGAUUUUAUUAGAAAACAUAUAUUCAACAAGCACGCAGAAAAGGUAGACGAGGUACGGCGCGAGGUGGCGUACUUCAACGCGUACGUGCGCGACGUGCGGCGCCCCGCGCAGCCCGAGCCCAGCGCGCGCGCGCCGUCCGCGCCGCACCACGCGCCCGCGCCCGCACCGUACGGCGCGGCGGCGGGCGGCGGGCCGGGCGCGGCGCGCGCGUGGGGCUGGGGCGGCUGGGCGCACCCCGCCUCCUACGCGCCCAGACAUCCUCGCUUCUCGCGCCCCAGGGGCGGCGGCGCCGAAUUUCGUCCGGUGAUACACUAUCGCGACUUGGACGCCCCGCGCGAACCGGACGAGUUCAUUUAA